UUUGGACCCACAGCUGCUUAAAAUGCACUAAUUAGCCAAACAGGAUUUGCCUUUGCUGUGUUUACGCUGGAAUAAUAAACUUUCUCAGCAAAUGUUUUCAAGGGGCCCUUUCUUAUGUGCCAAAGACGACAUGAUUCACUGUCUCAGAUGGACCGUUUUCAUGUGGGUCGUAAAUUCCAUUCCUUUUACUUCAGGAAUGACAGUGAAUGAGAGAAUAGAUCAUACAUGUCCACCCAUGAAGCUGGAGGAGAAGUGGCAUACCAAUGUGAACAUUCACAGAGAAUUCACAGGGUUUGAUUUAGCUGAGAGGUUUCUUCUCAGAAAAGGCACGGUGACUGACAACGGGCUGUUGUUGAGACUGGGGAGUAAACCGUUGUUUAAACCAACAGAAUCUGUGUUCCCAAAUGGACUUUCUCAUGAGUACUCCGUUAUUGCCACGUUACGGCUCAGAAAAACCACAAAGAAAGAUCGCUGGUUUGUUCUGCAGAUCUUUGAUAAAGGUGGAGAUACACAGGUGUCACUAAUAGUGGAUGGAGCUAAAAAAACAGUAGAGUUUUUGGCUCAGGGUUUUCUGAAAAACAGCCUCCUCUACGUAUUCAAGAACCGAGACCUGCACGCCCUCUUCGAUCGACAGUUUCACAAGCUUGGUGUGUCUGUCGAGAGCAAUGCGGUCUCUAUCUACCUGGACUGCAAAUUAAUUGAGCGUCAGGUGACCGCUGAAAGGUCUGGAAUGAACGUGAGCGGACGUACAUUCAUCACCACUCGAGUGGAGGAUGGACGUCCAGUGGAUAUUGAACUUCAGGAGAUUCUGAUCUUCUGUGAUGCUAGAAUAGCCGACCUGGACAGAUGCUGCGAUUCUCCUGGAGUUACGUGUGAACCUGUAGUGACCCAUAACCCCACAGCGGCCCCACUGGUCACAGGAUACUUCCACAGAAUGCUGUCCAUGCCAGCCCAGCUGCCCACCGACCGAUGCCACUGUCCUGCUCUGAAGGGGGAUCAAGGGUUUCCGGGUUUGGCAGGACAUUCUGGACAAAAGGGAGAUAAAGGAGACAUGAGAUUCAAGCCACUGCAAGAAUGA